CACAUAUAUAGUAGAUAUAGUACUAAAGGGAGGAAGGGUCCUUGCAAUGCAUGAAAGCCAAUGUUCAUUGGUGCUUUUUGGCUUCUUCACCUUCCAUUCUCACUUAAGUUAAAGAUGCUUCCAUGACACUAUCUUUAAUUUCUUCUUCAUAUUCUUCUUCUACCACUAAAUUUCAAGUAAGAACUCUGAAUUAGGUUGGUUUUACAUAAAAUCAUAUAUCAAUUUAAGAGAAUUUAAUUAUAUGGGUAUGGAAACUGCAUAUCUGAAAGAACAUGAAGGAAUUGUUCACAAUUCUGUUGGACAGCUGUCAUCAGCAUCAGCAGCAGCAGGUUCUUCAUGGUGGAGUAUUAGUGCCUUUGGAUCUCAUCAAAAUCAAUCAUCAGUUUAUGGAGAGACUUCUAAUUAUAAUAAUAAUAAUAAUAACCAAAUUAUGAAACCAUUUUCAUUGGAGCUUCAUAAUAAUAAUUACAUAGACCAACUUGCUUCUUCCGCUAAUAAGCAACAACAAUUCUUGGAUAAAGGACCUACAACACAAUUUACCAUCUUUCCAGAAGAUUGCAAAAUUUCAGGUGAAUCCCAAAAGUCUCAAGCCACAUUAUCUUUGCAGCCAUCAAAUGCUGACCCUAGGAACCGUUUUGAGCUUGGAUUCACUCAGCCUGUGAUAUGUGCAAAAUAUCCUUACAUGGAUCAAUUUUAUGGACUCUUCUCAGCUUAUGCACCUCAAAUUUCGGGGCGUAUAAUGCUGCCACUAAACUUGACAUCAGAUGAUGGACCAACUUACGUGAAUGCUAAGCAAUACCAUGGAAUCAUAAGGCGUAGGCAGUCACGUGCCAAAGCUGUUCUUGCCAAUAAACUCAUCAAACGUCGCAAGCCAUAUAUGCAUGAAUCGCGCCAUCUCCAUGCCAUGCGACGGCCAAGAGGAUGUGGUGGCAGGUUCUUGAACACAAGAAAUCCUGCCACCAACAAUGGAAAUGGCAAGAGUGGAAGUGAAACAAACAAAAAAGGACUUGGCCAUCAACUACAUUCUAGUGGUUCUCAGAAUUCUGAAGUCCUACAAUCCUCGGCCGGAACCUUGAAUUCAUUGAAGGAAGCAAAUGGAAGCAGUCCAAACAUUUCAUUAGAGGUGACAAGCAUGUACUCAUCAAGAGGAGGAAUUGAUGGAUUUGCCAUCAAUCACAUUGGAACUCCUAUGCACUCCCUUGCAGAUAUGAUGGACACUGGACACGGACAUGGCAUGAUCAUGCCCCCGAAAUGGGUUUCAGCUGCGGCCGGAAACUGCUGCAACCUUAAUGUUUGAUCUGGCAAGGAUAUUAAGCGAGUUUUGGUGUAGCAUUGCACCAAAAUCCUCGUAUCCUUGUCAGGCCAGAUGGAAAAUGCUAUUUUCCUUUCUGGUGCUCAGGCAACUCAUCCUUGGCUCAAUUAUAUUCUCUAUCAAUUUUAAAAAUAUUUGUUACUUUAAAAAUUUUGCAUAUUAACAAUUCAGUGUAUCUGAAUACAAUUUGCAUCAAGAUACAAUGAGUUAUUAAUAUAUCAAACUUCGAAAGUUACAAAUUUUUUGAAGUAGAUGGAGUAUAUAAUUAUAAAAUUAAAAUAUAAAUAGUAAUGUAAUUGUCUUUCUGCAGAGGCUUGAUAUUCUGAAGCAGAAAGACUAAUGAAUUAUGAUGUGUGUGUAUUGUGUUAAAAUAACAGCAUGAAUUUGUAGCA